UCAUGAUUUUGAAGCACUUUGGGUGAAUGGCCAUAUACAAGAAAUGCUCUAUAUAAAACACUUAAAAAAACUUUUAUCUUCUUAAUGUAAAAUUAAAUACAAUAAAAUCACACAAAAGAGAAAAACAAGUUCACAAACUAACCAUAUGUACAGUUAUUCAGCCAUAUUUGUGAUUAGAUUUUAAGAUUUGUAUCAUGUGCAGUAUUUAAGGAAUGUUCCACUAUUCACGAGGGCCCCUGGUUUUGAAAAGAAGUUAUGACAUCAAAACAUUAAUGGUUAUAGACAGAUUUGACAAAAUUUUUCAUGAGUUAUAUAAUUAAUUUUAAUUUUUGGCAUUGGUCAGGCCCCCAUAAUUUCCCAGGGGUCUAAGCAGUUGCUUACCUUGCUUAUUGGUCCACCUUAUAAGUCCACCCCUAAUUGAAUGUAUAACCUACUACAGUCAUACAAGCCCUAGAACCCUAAUUCCUAUAUGGAAUAACUGACUUUCCGUCACAAAAACUAAUUAUUAUUUAUUUAUUCUGACCGUUUGUCAUAUUCUAAAAAAUAACUGCUCUAAUAACAAUUAUUUUUAUGUGAAAUAUGGAAGAAAUGUUAUCAGACCGUUGUAAAAUAACCCAAAUAACAAACACACUUAAGUAAAUCCACUAAAUACAGAGAAAGUAAAAGGUGGUCUGUUUCCAUAACUAUAUCUUAUGGUUUCAAAUUCCUGGAGGGCAGCAGCUCUGCUCCAACCAGCUCCAACUCACACCUGCUUAAUAUGUAGUCUCUAGUAAUCUUGAACAUCUUUAGUUGGAUCAGCUGUUUGAUUAGGAUUGAAAUCGAUUUUGAGUUAAUGGUUACACACAGUGACAGCAGUGGCCUGAAUUAUUACAUCGCUCCGCCAGUAGGUGUUGUCAAAUAUGUAUUUUUGUGCAAUUAUGAAUCACUUCAGUCAUCGACUCACCAAUUGAACUGAUUCACUACUCGACUGAAUCGAUUACCACCGCAACACACUCCUUUAAAAACAUCUUCAAAUAAGUUAUUUUAACUUUAAACUAAUGUUGUCAACUGCAGUGUAUAGCUUUUUAAAAAAGCCUAAGAUUGAUACUUUCCACACAGGAGAAGUUCUCCAUGUUUAAUCAAAUAUUCAACGUGAUUCAAAACACUACUGACUCGCUCAGUAAAAGGCGUGUUCCUUCAGUAAUCUCAACCAAUGAUAUUCAUCCUCCACAUCCAACACUCGAAGGCUAUUGGCUCCUGCUAGAAUCAAUCAUCACGACAGAACGCAAGCCACUCACUUUGAACAGCGACAAGCAAAGAAAGACGUUCACAUCAAAAGAUUCAUUCAAAACACCGAUUCGUACGAACACACCGCUAAUGAACAACUGUGGGCAUCAGUAGCGGUGCGAGUUUGAGCCCCAUGCGGUAGUAAGUGAGUGAGAAGCACCAAAACAACAUCCAGCUCAUGUCAAAACGGAAUCAACGAUACAAACGAGCCGCUCAGCCAUGGCAUUUUAACAACAGCGAGCGCGUGGAGUCGCAGCGCAGUCCCCGAAGAUCUGCCGGGGGAAAUCCGCUAGCCGGUUUAGCUUGUGACAGAUAGACUGGCCGUUGUGCUGGGAGGUUUCCAUCCAUGGCUCUGGUCACUCUGCAGCGCUCGCCCACUCCCAGCGCCGCGUCCACUUCCAGCACCGCCACCACCAACGCGGGGGAGGUAAGCGGAAACGAGCACGAGGACUUUGGAAGUGACGAUGAGCGCCGGCUAAAUCAGAGUCUGAGCGAGAGUUUCUUCAUGGUGAAGGGAGCCGCUCUGUUUCUGCAGCAGGGCAGUUGUCCACAGGCUCAGAGAGCUCAUCCUCACCACAAACAUGCAGGUGACUUGCCUCAGCAUCUUCAGGUGAUGAUCAACAUUCUUCGGUCUGAGGAUCGCAUCAAACUGGCGGUGCGUUUGGAGAGCGCGUGGUCAGACCGUGUGAGGUACAUGGUGGUGGUUUACACAAAUGGCCGACAAGACACUGAAGAAAACAUCUUAUUGGGCAUGGACUUCAGCAACAAAGACAGUAAGAAUUGCUCUGUCGGGAUGGUGCUGCCGCUGUGGAGUGACACCAAGAUUCAUUUAGACGGUGACGGGGGUUUCAGUGUGACGACCGCCGGGCGUACGCACAUCUUCAAACCGGUGUCAGUCCAGGCCAUGUGGUCAGCUUUGCAAAUUUUACACAAGGCCUGUGAGGUGUCACGGCGGUACAACUAUUUCCCUGGUGGGAUGGCACUGACGUGGAUGGGGUACUAUGAGAGCUGCAUCAGCUCUGAACAGAGCUGCAUCAAUGAGUGGAACGCCAUGCAGGACCUGGAAACACUGAGACCAGACUCGCCUGUAGUCUUUGUCGACAAGCCAACAGAGAGGGAGAGAACAGAAUGUCUAAUCAAAGCCAAACUCAGGAGUAUCAUGAUGUGCCAGGACCUUGAAAAUGUCACGUCCAAAGAGAUUCGUAAUGAGUUGGAGCAGCAGAUGAACUGUAACCUGAAAGAGUACAAAGAGUUCAUAGACAAUGAGAUGCUACUUAUUCUUGGCCAGAUGGAUAAAGCCACUCUCAUCUUUGACCACCUUUAUCUGGGUUCUGAAUGGAACGCUUCCAAUCUAGAGGAACUUCAGGAAAGUGGGGUGGGCCACAUCUUAAAUGUCACAAGGGAAAUAGAUAACUUUUUCCCAGGAACAUUCUGCUACCACAAUGUCAGAGUGUAUGAUGAUGAGGCCACAGACUUACUGGCUCACUGGAAUGAUACCUACAACUUCAUUGUCAAAGCAAAAAAGAAUCAUUCCAAAUGUUUGGUUCACUGUAAGAUGGGCGUAAGCCGCUCUGCUUCCACGGUGAUCGCAUAUGCCAUGAAAGAGUACGGCUGGACUCUGGAGAAAGCAUAUAACUUUGUUAAACAGAAGCGCAGUAUCACUCGUCCCAAUGCCAGCUUCAUGAGACAGCUGGCAGAGUAUGAAGGCAUACUGGAUGCCAGUAAGCAGCGUCAUAACCGUCUGUGGCGCCCUGAUUCGGAUUGCGAUCACCCCGAGUGCCAGCAAGCUGCUGGUCCUUGCUAUCUGAAUGCAGAGACUGGAGAUCACAUCACUCCUGACUCCACAACCCCCAGGGUCACUGUCUGCUGUGAGCCUACAGCCCACUCCUCUCCAAUUAGUCUAGAUCUGGAUCCUGGCCAUCCACAAAAUUACCACUACUACUUCCGCCGCUUGUCAGACUCGGCUCUAGAGAGCGAACCUUCCACCCCUGUCCAAGCACAGCCUUUGGUGGAUGUAGAUCGUGUCUAUAUUGAGGUUGCCGAUGUGGAGCAAGAUGCACUUCUUGAGGAUGAAACCUUCGAGGCACAUGAGGGCCCUCCUGUUUCCCACUCAGGAGAGGGUAUUGGCGCUCAAACAUGUUCUCGAGGACCGGAGCCACUAGAAGAACUACGUCUGCGGUUGGAGUUCAGCACAGUGGAAGAAGAGGAUGAAGAAGAGGCUCAGAAAGAGCAAGCUGAGAUGGAGGCGUUAACAGAGGAAGCAAAGAGAGUAGAUGGGAAGGAUAGUGAGGAGCUGUUGAAUGAAAAGGGGAUCGAUCUGACCAGUGUGAACCAUUUGUGCAAUGAGAACAACAACAACAAUCACCUCAAAAUGCAACAAAUCCUCACUGAAAGUGCCCAAGUAAAGACAAGGCUUGCUCCUGGUUCAUCGCUUGCUUCCAAGCCCAUCCAAAGUGCUCUUUCGGAGGCUAACAGACGAGGCCUUGCCCCUUUACCCCUCAACAGUGCGCCCUGUAUCUCCAUUCAGAUGCUAUCCUGUGCCAACUUGUCCAUGACAGCCAAGUGUGGCAGAACUGUCUCAGAUCCGUGCCUUGAUGCCAAUGCAAUGUCCUUAGGGAAUAACGAUAUGCCAGAAAGCAAAUCUCUUGACCAGGAAACUGAAACCCAGACAACUCUGCCUGAGGCCAAAGGAGAAGGAGAUUUCAGGCAGGAAGAGACUGAUCUACAGGGUUCCUCUGCUCUUCCCCGGAAUGAGAGAGAGCUGAAAGGUUUAGAGAAGGCAGAGGCGUCUUGUUCUCCUCAACAACAAGAGGCUCUGAUUCAGCUCCAACGCUCCGGUUUAGUUCGACGUCGAAAAGAACGAUUGGAAAAACUCUCCGGUCUCUUCCAGGAGCGUGCACGCGCAAAUGAACAACGGGAAGCUGGUUCUAGUAAAACAGAAGAUGCAAUGAACAGUUCCAGUGAUCCAGCUGACCCCUUUCACAGGUCUUUUGGAACACGGAAUGAUUUUGGAACUGAAUCGGCAGUGCCACUGACCAAUGAGGCUUUGUUGGCAGUCCUCGGAUCAGGAGGAUUGACUCCAGUCUCAUCUCCACACGGCUCUACGCUCACCCGCAGCUCCAGCAGUGACAGUCUUCGCAGUGUCCGAGGCAAACCAGGCCUUGUGCGUCAGCGUACACAAGAAAUUGAAGCACGAAUGCGAUUAGCGGGACUGACUGUUCCUUCACGACUCAAGCGCUCUAACUCUCUCGCCAAACUAGGCAGUCUCACCUUUUCAUCUGAGGACUUGUGCUCGGCCUGCUCCUCUGACGCAGGGACCCUUCUCAUGCUCUCAUUGUCCCCAGAACCCGAGCACUCGCUCAGCCCAGAAUGGGCAAAACCAGACAACAUGGAGGUCUUCAGCCAAGGCGAAGCAGGAUGUGAAGAGUCCAAGAGCUGACAGCAGGAGAUUUUAACGCAACACUACUUUUAUUUUCAGCUUCAUCUGGAGUUCUGCAACACGUUACUGAGAUAUUUAUAUUUAUAGAUACUUUUUAAUCAUUUCAGCCACUUGGGAACUUUGGUGUUGUGGUGAACAGAUCUUGCAAGUUGGAUUAAGAGUGUUUUCUGUUUUUGUGCAUUCAAUGAAUAGGUUUCCAAAAUCUAUCGGACAGACUUUCAAUGCAUGAAACCCAAAUGGAUGUGUAUUGCACUGACUGAUGAACGGUUCAUGAGGUUUUCCCUGCUCUUCCUCACUGCUGUUCUCAAACACUCGCCAUCCCAGAGACCAUUACUUGAACACAUCAAAAUAGACCAUUGUGUAAUGUUUCCAUCAGUCCACCCAUUUAUCGCAGCAUAAAUCGCUUAGUUGUGGCCUGCUAUGAGUCACAGAUUCCUUUGGACAUGGUCACACAUUUUAAAAUCAUUCACCCUCCUGCGCUCUCACUUCCUGGCUGGACGGCGAAAGGAAAUGGACUCUUUAUCACGAUUAGGAAAGUUCUUUGUGUGCUGAUGGACUCUUAUCAUUCAUUGAGCACUGAUGAUUCACUCACAGGUUUCAAACAGAUACCUCAUAUCAGUUCAUUACUGUUUGUUAGGCCAGGCAGAAAUCAAAACAGGAAGACUGGCAGCACUUUGGUGUGUGGAGGCUCAUUGGGAAAGCUGGUGCCGGACCACCAAGAGGAGAUUUGUUUGGGAUUCUUCCAUCUUUCUAGUACUUAGUGACGGUGAUGAAAGACAAUCAUUUUGAAGAAUAAAGAAAAGCGAAGGCAACUUCAAGCUGCUCCGUUUCCAAUGAAAUGCUCAUAAAUGCAGUUGCUGUUCUUACGAAUGUAACUGUCCAUGUUGCUGUUCGAAUAGUGAAAGAGUGGGAAAUGCUUGGGUCAUUGUUACUGUUACAGUCUCUAGUAGCACAUAUGUGUGUUUUCAAGAGAUUUUAUAUCGACAGGAGCUCUAACAUUGGAUUUUUUCUCUAGCAAAAGAGCUGUACUGUGUCUCCAAAUGCGAUACAAAUCAGUCAUUCACCAAGGUAAAACGCGACUGUUAUUUUUAAGACUCAUUACACUUGAUUCUGAUGCAGUGGCUUGUUUGGGCCAAACUGAGCUGAGGCUGAUUGCAGUUCGCUGAUGAUUUCCAUCACAUUAUUGCAUUUGCAUUAAGUUUUUCAUAAAGAAAUUAAAGCAAGGUGGAAUGGC